AGCGCGUAAACCACCGGCGCCCGGUGACGCUCCGAGGUGGUCGUCGCAACACGUCUCUUUCGAAUUCCGAGAUGAGAGCGUCGCAUGCUCGGCAGGUCAUCGCUUAAAAUCACAUGACGAUGCGUCGACUAUCUCGUGAAAAACUUCGACCUGGAAAACACGUACCUGUUACGGAAAGAAAAAAAAUAAAAAUCAAAAAAGUAGAUUAGUAAGAAGAAAGUUCCCAAAGAUAACAGAUGCAGGAGAGAAGCGUGUAAUUUCGAGGAGCAGUGUUGAGUGUGACGCACGCAUCGUGUGAACGUCUACGCACACGCGUAACCAAAAAAAAAAAAAAAUCAAUUUGUAUAUCUUAUACUAUAACAAAGUCAGGAACAUUGAUUUGAAUAAUGUUUUUGAUUAAAAAUUGUAACGACAUAUGUAUAUAUAAAUAAUCAUAACGAACGACGUCGUUAAUCAGUUAGAACAUAUAUAGUAGAGAAUUUUGUUUGGUGUAUGUGUGUGUCUUACAUGUGACUAGUUCUAGUGUCUUGUCAUUCAGUUUUUUUUUUUGUAUAUUGUUCGCAAGUCUCUCUGAGAGAAAGAGAGAGAGGAAGCGAACCGCAGUAGUUACACCGGCCUAAUAAACUAUACUAUAAUAAUCAUCCGCGAUAAUCGCGCAAAAUACUUCCGUAAGUUUUUAAAGAUCCUCGUAACGACGAAACUUGACGAGUUACCCACCAUUCGGUUUUGCGACGGAAGAAAUUGCCGCGGCUCGUCCGGCCGCGGACUCUUCAACAGGUGGCCAAAAUCGAUCUCGCAUGUGUGCAAAAGCGUACGUGAUUACUUUUACGCUGCGUUUUGUGUUCUCUUGCCUCUUACGUAUACUAACGUUUGUGAUCCCGUGACCUCCUCGCGAAAAAUUUCACGAACAACAAAUUAUUUUGCAAAAUAACAAAUAGUUUGCUGAAUGUGAAAGCUCGAUGACACAAGUCAGAGGUCAAAAACUGUCAAGAAAAAGGGAAUGACUUGUGAAACGCGUCUAUUGUCGACUGUUGGAAACUUUUUGACUUGUUUUUGUCGAGGCUUGACGAUAUGAAAAACACACCGUUGAAGUUCACCGACAGUUGAAGUUCAUCGACAAUUUCGCCAACAUCGAGUACUUCGCUGACUCUGGUAAUCGGCGCUCUUAAUUGCUCUCUCAUGUCAUGUGUUUCAGCGAGAGAGGAUCAACCGUCGCCGGGGAAAGUUUCGUCUUGGCAUGUUAAUUACCUAACUGUCAUCGCUGUUCCCUCUUUGGAUAAAUGUCGGGGAAAUCGCGGUUGGUGUUAGCAAUAUUGUUAUCAACUAGUGUGUUAUAAAUAUCUGUAUAAGUGUAAAACAACUUGGAUAAUCAAAUUUUUCGUGCGAUCUUGAUCCCGAUCGGAUGACGAAAUCGGUUUUGCGAUCACACUGUGUGAAUCGAUGGUUGAAAGACACCAGUGCAACGAUUGGCGUCUUUAUUAGGAUUAAGAGCAAACCGUGCAACGACACUUGAAGCUUUUUGAUAUAAUUCGUACAAUCUUCCUAUUUGAUUAAAUGUUUAGCCGCUAACCAAUCAAAGAACAAGGAAGAAAAUCGAUGUUGCUUGUAGUGAAAAUUCUUCUAUCGCACACGAGUUACUUCUCGUUUUGCGACGUGAGCUCUGGGAAGUGAUCUUUGUUGUAAAAAUCACAAAGGAGACGCGCGCUAAAAAUCCGUCGGUGUGUUCGAUUCAACGUGACAAAAUGUGAAAUAAAAUUUACAGAAACUCAGUUAUCAACGCAAUAUCAUGGAUAUAAAGUCGAGAAUAGUGAUCGAGCUUAAAACCGGGACCGAUUUCCGUUUUCCAUUUCACACUGAAAAAUUGGGCGCGCUUAGAGGAUUACCGCAUCAGAAGUCGAAUGAGCGAGCAAGAGCGAGCGCGCGCGCGCUGCAACGCUCUCGGGCGUAUACGUGCCGAGUAUAAUCGAUGCGAGUUGCCUGUGUGAGAGAGGAUACCGGGGCGCAAAACUCGAGAAAUAAUCUGCUUAUCUGAGGCUAUAACUCGCUUAUCUAUCAGAACUCCCGUCGCUUAAGCGCUCGCCUCGAUCGAGCUGGUAGCGUCGACCAUAAAUGGUCAAGCUUUGCGAGAAAUUAAUUCACGACUCGGGGAGUCGAUGACGCCGUUCGUCGCGAUAUGCCGGCCGAUAAUUCACUCGACGGCUUGCACUCUUCCGGAUAAGCUCACCGAAUCUGAUCGCGCGGACGACCUUCCGCACGUCGUCGUUCUGAGAAAUGACGAUACCUCGCCAAGCAAGUUCAUCUACGUCAAUAACACUCUGACGUAUGAUCAAUUCGAAGUAACAAGAGGAGGCAAAGUGGUCAAAGAAGAGGCGGAAUAAGCAGAGGAGAAAGAGAGAGAGAGAGAGAAAGAGGAGAAGAGAAGGAGAUAUAUAAAACUUGGAAACCCGCACUCUUCCUCAAGAAGCAUGGCUGACGACGACACGACGCGAAUAACGUCGCGAUUGACGAUGCAAAACUUGUCGGUGGCGCGCAACUUCAGCAACUACCCGACCGAAGACUUGACGUCGAAUCUAGCGGUGCAGAUAGUCUUCUGCAUGUUCUACGUGAUCAUCUUCGUGCUCGGCAUCUUCGGCAACGUACUGGUGGUCUUCGUGGUCCAGCGUAAUCGCCACAUGCACACGGUCACUAAUUUCUUCAUCACAAAUCUCGCGCUAAGUGACGUGUUGCUAUGCGUGCUGGCCGUCCCGUUCACCCCAUUGUACACUUUCAUGGGCGGUUGGGUCUUUGGCAAAACCCUUUGUCAUCUGGUGCCGUACGCUCAGGGAGUGAGCGUAUACAUCAGCACGUUUACGCUCACCAGCAUAGCCGCCGAUCGUUUCCAAGUGAUCAUCUACCCAUUCCGUCCGCGAAUGAAAAUCGAGAUGUGCAUGGCGAUCAUCAUCGGCAUUUGGGUGAUCGCCCUGCUGUUCACCCUGCCGUACGGCUUGUAUAUGCAGUUAGAGGAACCGUACGUAUUCUGCGAGGAGCACUGGCCCAGCGAGCCGCUCCGCAAGACCUUCAGCUUGCUCACCACGAUACUACAGUUUGUUGUUCCGUUCUUCGUCAUUACCUUCUGCUACGUGUGCGUGUCGAUGAAGCUGAAAGAUCGGGCGCGCGCCAAACCCGGCAGUAAAACCAGCAAGCGCGAGGAAGCCGACCGCGAGAGAAAACGCCGCACCAACUGGAUGCUGAUCGCGAUGGUCUUCAUAUUCGGCAUGUCCUGGCUGCCGCUCAACAUUGUCAAUGUCGUUGACGAUUUCUUCUCGUCCGCCAACGACUGGUCCUAUUACAGGCUCUGCUUCUUCAUGUCGCACUGCCUCGCCAUGAGCAGCACCUGUUACAAUCCGUUCCUCUACGCCUGGCUCAACGAAAACUUUCGCAAGGAGUUCAAGCAGGUUCUGCCGUGUUUUUCGAGAGGCUCCAAUAGGAAUAUCCAGAGAACCAGGGAAGGUUGCAGAGGCGACAAGAUAUGUAACGGCAACAACACCAUGCAAGAGACUCUGCUGCCCACAAGCAACACGACGAAAGCGCAGAAUCCCGAGGGAUGCGAGCUGAUAAUUCUAGAGCCAACGACAAAUAUCUCGAAAGAGCAAGAGGAGAUACCCUCGAGUUCGUCCAAGGACUUUGACGACGCGGCUCUGUGAGAGAAAGCUCGACAGAUACGGGCUCCAGUUAUUUCAGCGAACCGGAAAGCGCCGCUUCCGUCAUCGCCAUCGAGAAACUGUCAAUCAAAAUCGAUCAUCAAAACUACGGAAAGAAUGCUCGUGGCGCAUUUACAGCGAACUGUGUGUAUAAUGUACUCUCUGCGUGUAUUUGUAAACUGUGAUGUUAACUACUAAUAACAAAAAUAGACCGAUAAAAGCAUACAUGUAUUAAGCUAUGAGCGAUAGGCUCGAGAGCUUUAAAAACCAAAAAAAAGCGUAAAAAAGCACAAAUAUUAUAUAAACGCGUUCUGAUCAAUGGCCUGUCUACGAUGUACUUACUUUCAAUCAUAAUAAACAGUGUACGUGUACUAUAACGUUGUGCGCUUUAUCGCGAAUUCAAAUUAUCGCCUGUAUUAUUAAUUUAUCGCA